GAAGCUGGCCGUUCGUUCGGGGGUCUUUCAGGGGUGGGCUCUCAGUUUACCGGAUGACCGCGUGAGCGCGCUGCCGCGUAACACGGACGUUUCAUUCGCGCUACAUUCGGGAAACGUGACUGACUGGUCGCGUAAAUCGUGUUUCUGGUUUCGCGUUCGAUCCUCGACCGCCGGACCGCCGCCGUGCUGCGCCGGGGAACGACGAGGUUUUUAUCGCCUGCCCGGUUACGCGACCCUUUGUCCGCCCGAACCUCGCGUUCUACCCUUCUCUUCUCUUCUUUUCUCUUCUCGCCACGACCGUUCGCCGUCAACGUGCAGCCGAUCGACGACUUUCCCUACGAAGUUACUACCUAUCGACCGUCUUGGCUGACCGGUCGGUUUAUUUCGCAACCUCGAUCGCGUUCGCGUUCGAGAACGGAUCAUCCCCGUACGGGGGUUCCUCCGGACGUCCUCAUCUUCCGGGGAUCGAAAUAACAACGUUGCCUGGCGCCCUUCUUUCGCUGCGAUCGAACGGUAAAUCAACUGAAAGAAACGAGGAAGAGGUCGAAGAGCAGCGAAGACGAACGGCGCGGCGAGCGAGAAGAGAGCGAGGAAGGCAGGAGGUGGAAGAAGGCAGGGGAUAAACGGGAGGAAAGUGUUACACAGUGUUUUCUCGGUGGAUGGUAUCACGAAGAUCGGUAGCUGGUUCGCGAUGGGGGUGGUAACCAGAUCAUUGGACGCUCUCACUGCGAGAAGUCCGCCGGGAAGAUAAUGCAGAUAAAUGCCUCCGGAGGACAGAGCGAACAGAGGAUUACGCGUUGUCGGGUUCGGUCCGAAUGCGGUCGAUCGCCCUGGCUAAAGUGGCUGCGCGGCGAGAACUGAACGGCAUCGAACGAACAAGAAUUCCGGAUCGGUAGGUCACGAAAGAGAUGAAACGCGAACGUCGUCGGUAGUGUCGUCGAACGCGUCGCGUAAAGUUCACCGUAAAAAUUUCGGGUCUCGUCUCGUCUCGUCUCGCGUCGCACGGUGUUUCGUUUCGUCGUCUUGGGCGAAGAGGACCAUGGAAAUAGCAACGGGAAGGAGAGAGCAGCGGCAGGAGCAGAGGCGAAACCAGAAGCAAGAGUCGCGGCAACGGGACAACCGGCAGCAACCGUCGACGAAGAAACAGAGAUCGUCGAAAAGCGCGUACUCUGGAGGAACGUCCUCCUCCGGUGUAUGGUAAUUAGUAAUUAUUGGUUACCGCGGUGACGACACGGAGACGGGACGCGGACGCGAAGACACGGCUAAAAAAUGAAAUUGCGCGGGUACGCGUCGACGACGAAUGACUCGUCGUAAGAUCGGUGUCGGCCAGUUGUUUUUAAUGGCGACGCGUUGUUCCGUCGAUGAUGAUACAGUCAAUUAAAGCUGGCCGUCGAAGCCGGCGACGACAACUCGUGAGCGAGCUUCAGCGAAACGCUUUUCGAUGCAGACGCGCACAAUGAGAUGCGAUAGAUAGUACGAACACGAACCGGUGGCGAGAUUGCCGCGAAGAUCGUGUAAUCGGAUGCCGGGGUAAUAAAGCCAAUUAAAAAGUGUCAAUCAGUAUACAAUCGAUAGGUCGUGUUUCGCUUUUCGAACACGGACAGCUCGAAUAUUACGUAGGUAGCGGCGCGCACGCGGCCGAGAAUAAAGGAGAAAAGGAUGGCCACGAAGGUUGGUCGGACGUUUCGGUCCGGUCUGUUAACGGCCGCCUAUCUCUGCGCGUUCCUCCUAUGGAUCAGCAGGAUGUUCAUCUGUGCCGGGCAGAGGCCAAUAAACCUCGGCGGAACUAAGAAACGGGACGUUUACAUCGCCGGUUUCUUCCCGUACGGCAGCCACGUGCCAGAGAGCCGUAUAGGACGAGGCGUGAUGCCCUCGGUCAAGUUGGCCGUCGACCAUAUCAACGAGGAUCGCGUCGUCCUUCGUAAUUAUAGACUGCACAUGUGGUGGAACGACACGGAGUGCAACACCGCCGUCGGGGUGAAGGCGUUUUUCGAUAUGAUGCACAGCGGUCCGCACAAGGUGAUGUUAUUCGGAGCAGCUUGCACGCACGUCACCGAUCCAAUCGCCAAGGCCUCGAAGCACUGGCGUCUCACGCAGCUUAGCUACGCAGACACGCAUCCGAUGUUCACGAACGAAAGCUUCCCGAAUUUCUUCAGAGUGGUGCCUUCCGAGAACGAGUUCAACGCACCCCGCGUAGCGCUGUUGAUGCACUUCAAUUGGACCAGGGUCGGCACCAUUUAUCAAAACGAGCCGAGAUAUGCUCUGGCGCACAAUCGAUUGGUCGCGGAUUUGGACCACUACGAUGACAUGGAGGUAGUGGAAACGCAGAGCUUCGCGACGGAGGUGUCCUCGGCGCUGGAGAAACUGAAGCAGAAGGACGUUAGGAUAAUUUUAGGAAACUUCAACGAGAUCUGGGCCAGACGGAUAUUCUGCGAGGCUCACAAAUUCGGUAUGUUCGGGAGAAAGUAUCAAUGGUUGAUCAUGGGGACGUACGCGGAGGAAUGGUGGCUCGAAUCCGACGGCGGAUGCGAGCCCUCCGAACUCGCGGAAGCUCUUCACGGCGCCAUAUUGACGGAUCUGUUGCCGAUCACCACGGAGAAGCGGAAGACCAUAGCUGGAAUCACGACCGAGCAAUAUCGGGUCGAGUACGAUUCGAGGCGAGGCACGGAGUAUUCGAGGUUUCACGGGUACACGUACGACGGUAUAUGGGCGGUCGCGUUGGCCAUCCAGCGCGUGGCGAGCAGGAUAACGCACUAUCAUCGGAAUCAGACGAUGUCGGACUUCAGAUACAGGGACGAGUUGUGGGAGAGGCUCUUCCUCGAGGCUCUCAGGAACACCAGCUUCGAUGGCGUGACGGGCCCCGUGCGUUUCUACGGAAACGGGAGGAAAGCGUGCAUUCUGUUGAAACAGUUCCAAGGCGACAGGGAGGUAAAGAUCGGAGAGUACAACGGAGUGACCAACGUGUUGAACCUCGAUAAGGGCGAGCCUUUGGUCUGGUGGGGCAGAUCGCCGCCGAAAGAUCGGACUCUUCACAUCAUCGAGCAUUCCACCGUAAAUAUUACGAUCUACGCCGUGCUCACCUCCGCGUCCGGCGUGGGUAUCGUAAUGGCGGCCAUUUUUCUCGUCAUCAAUAUCAAAUACAGAAAUCAAAGAUACAUAAAAAUGUCAUCGCCGCAUUUAAACAACCUCAUUAUCGUCGGAUGCAUGCUGACCUACAGCAGUGUAAUUUUCCUUGGAUUAGAUUCGCAGCUGUCCAGCGUAACAGUAUUUCCGUACAUUUGCACCGCGAGAGCGUGUCUACUGAUGGCCGGCUUCUCCUUGGCCUUUGGCUCCAUGUUCUCUAAAACAUGGCGAGUCCACUCGAUCUUCACCGACGUUAAACUCAACAAGAAGGUUAUCAAGGAUUAUCAGUUGUUCAUGGUGGUCGGCGUAUUGUUGUUUAUCGAUUUGGCUAUUAUGACUACCUGGCAGGUCGCAGAUCCGUUCUACAGAGAGACCAAGCAGAUGGAACCAUACCCUCAUCCUUCCAGCGAAGACAUCAUCAUAAUACCGGAAAACGAAUACUGUCAGAGCAAUCGAAUGACGAUUUACUUAGGAUGCAUUUACGCGUACAAGGGCGUUUUGAUGAUAUUCGGCGCUUUCUUGGCAUGGGAAACCAGACACGUGAGCAUUCCGGCGUUGAACGACAGCAAAUACGUGGGGAUGAGCGUGUACAACGUGGUGAUCAUGUGCGUCACGGGAGCGGCGAUAAGCUUCGUGUUGGCCGACAAACAGGACGCCAUGUUCAUCAUGCUUGCGAUAUUUAUUAUAUUCUGCAGCACCGCUACCCUCUGCCUGGUCUUCGUACCAAAGCUCAUAGAAUUACGAAGAAACCCGCAGGGUGCGAUAGAUAAGCGAAUCAGGGCUACCCUUAGGCCGAUGUCGAAGACCCGAAGGGACUCGAGCGUGAACGAAUUGGAGGAGCGCCUGAAGGAAGCUACUUUGGCGAAUCAGAAGUUUCGUAAACAGUUGAUGGACAAAGAUUCGGAACUCCAGAUGUUCCUGAGGAGACUCAACGAAGCCGAGUCGAACGUACAAGAACCGAUGGACAGGUUGUCGGUUCCGAAACAGGAAGGAACGAUCGUGAAAAAGGAGGGCUUGUCGGUCACGACGGAUACCACGGAUAUCUCGACGUCCAUGUGCAGCCUAAUCUCGACGACAACUUCCCAACCGGAAGGCGGCGAGUACACGAGCUCUACGAUCGUGACCGAGCAGCAAGCGGGCAAAAAAAAGACGUCGUUCUCAAAACUGCCGGCGAUCGCGAUCGACGCGGAACGAGUCCCGCAAAGGCAAGAUGUUACCACCUCAGAGAAGGUCACGGACGACUCGCCGCCGGUGACGGUGCCGCCUUCGGCGUUGAAGCGUCCACCGGACGAAUUCGAUCGCAGAAAGACUCGCGGAAAGGAAACCGCGAGAAGUCCGGAUUCGCGACCAGACGCGACCGGUAAAACGAACGUCGAAUUUGUGCCUGAGAUCGUCGAGGAAGGCGACGCGAUCAUCCUGGAGGAAACCGAGAUCCCCAGACACGGCAAACCGAUCAGAUACAAGGAAGAUCGCAAACCGAGACUUCCGACGCCUCCGCCGCCAACGAAAAACGUUUCUUUCGGCGAACUUCACGAGCAGAACUACCUCGAACAGGCGAUCUUGCCACCCCCGGUACAAUUCGUGCCCAGACAUCGUCAUUCCGUUGCGGCGGCAACCCCGUCUCAUCACUCGUUGAAGAGGAGAUCGUCGGUGAAGAGUAACGGGAUGGCCCACUCGCAUCACGAGCUAUUUCAGACGAGACGGACCAGCGUGCCGGUGAACUCGAUCAGUUACAUCUCGACCGAGAACGUGUCUAAAUCCGCGGCAGCGGAGAUCUCAGCCGGCCUAGACAGGGACAGGUCUUACGUGAUCGGCGAGUGUGGACACAGGCGGGCGUUGCUCUUCGGCACCGGUUACCGCUGCGAGAAGCACGGUGGAGGACGCGGACAUCGCGCGAUAUUAAACGGAUCGGCGGAAACGCCGCCGCCACCGAGGAGGCACAAGAAACAUUACGAUUCGCAGAAUGCGAGUUCACCGAGCGUGCCUGCGGUAGUCAGCGCGAGUUACUCCGAUACCGAGAAGUAUGAGGAAUCGAUGUCGACGAUAAUCCAGCGGUCCGUGUCGGAACGUUCGAGAGAGAAAUGCCAUCGACUUCGAAGCGAAGGCGGCGGUCACUCGAUGAUCGAGUGCCCGCAUCGCGCCACGCGGCGAAUUCGAGAGUGCAGGCACACCGAGUCUAAGCUGCGGCAACAAGCACGGCUGGAUUACGUGCAAAGCACGCCAAACGUCGCCACGAUCCAUAACAACAAAUUCGCGAGCGCGAAUCCUCGCGGCGGUGGCAGCGGCGUCGCUGGUGGUGGAAGCGGAGUCGGAGGCGGACCGGGCACGGUCGGAUCCGUGACCGGCAGUAGUACGGACGUUGUAGGUGGUUCAGCGGUGAACGUGUCGAAGAUGUACAGCGCCGUGUCGGACGGCGAGUUGCUCGACCUCGCGAUCCUCCCCAUUUUUCAGAAACUCCUGACCGAGAGGCACAAGAGUUCGUCGAGUUCCGGAUACGGUGCCAGCAUCGCCAGCUGUCCGAAUAUAUCCAUCAAGUGCGACAUCGUUGAAUACCUUUAACGAUCUUCCAACGAUUAGUUUCAAAUUUUACCCGACGACCUUGCUUUCCCGUUUCCUUCACCCUUUCGACCCUCUCUACCGUUUCCCACUUUUCUCCCUUCUAUCCUUUCUCUCCUUUCUCUCUCUUUUCACGGCCUCUCGUAAACGCAUCAUCGACGUUUACGAAACGCGUCCACUGGUGGCUGACAAUGAGAUCAUCGUAGAUAAGUAUAUGUACACGUACAUCCACUGACUAGCGGAAGAGUAUGCUGGCCUUUGUUCGAUCUUUGAUAACUUUUUUUUUACGAAACUCCCGGAACACCACUGGCAUGAAUGUUCCCGGUGAGAGAUCACAACAUCUUGCGACUCUCCUUCCUCUGCCAUUACGAUUCUCGUCUCGAUAACGAGUAUAAAUGUACUACUUACAAUUAGUCGAGAUACUCUCACGUUUAUAAUGAAACCGAUAUAAAAUUGAUCCGCGACAACGUACCUAUCGUCCCGUAAAAUGCGUGAAAUCCCGUUUUUUAUAACCGAUCACAGAUCACGAGAGUGGAUCGUCGCGCGAUAAACGUUUCGCAUCGAUCCGAUCGAUGAGAAAGAAAACUUAGCCAGCGUCGAAACGGUACGUAGAAGAGAACGUUAACGUACGCGUCUAAUCUAAUUCUAGCACUGUAAGUGUGCGUAAUCGUUUUAAAGUAAUUUUAUAGUGUACGAACAAGUUUCGUACAUUCGCUGUUUAGCAAUUCGAAAGAAAAAGAAAAAAAAAACAUAGACGUACGAGUCAACGAGUUGGACCGUUUUAUAGAAUUUUCUCUCGCGAUCGAGGGGGACAGAUCUUUUUUUUUACGUCGUAUUACCGUGCCCCGACUUGACGAGAAGCAGGAGGAAUUAAAGGAAAAGGCGAUUCACGGUGCAUUGUCUCAACAUCGCGACUCGCGGCUCACAUUAAAUCGUAUUUAAUGAACUUCUUACUUCUACGAUAAAAAUGAUUGUUACCAAAUCAGAAAUAGUUCGAAACGCGAUAAGAGGAGUUAAAUACGGAAAAUAAUCAUGCGAUGAACAUCGUGCGAAAUAAACGUAUCGUUAAGUAAUUAUCUCUAAAUUCCUGAGCGUCAUUCUAAAUUUCAAAACGUUCUGCGUCAUGCGAUAAGCGUCGUUCGAGUUGAACGUUUCAUUAUAUUAUCUAUUAAUUCCUGAGUGUCAAGUUUCGAAAGUGACUCGUAAAAAUUUCAAUGCGAAGUCCACGGAUAAGUUCGUGAUGAAAGCCUAUCAGGAGGAAUAUAUCUAUACAAGUAUUAUUUUUCUGUAUUUGGUUUAAUUACUCUUUCUUUCGCGUUACGUUCCUUCAUUGCCUUCUUUUAUAAACGAAGAUCUCGAUAAGUCGACAAGCCUACGAUAAACUAAAAGCAAAGCGUUCGGAUCCUUGGAAGAGCGAAUGUAUCUACUUUUUGAGAGAGCCUAAUGCUCGUUACAGAACCUUCAAUUGUGUGGUUACGCGAGUCAUGUACAUAACUGUCGAAAAAUAAAUGUCAUGUUUACAGGUAAGAAAAAAAAAAAUAGGCGUUUGUUCUGUAAUACGAUUUAAACCCGCUUCUCGUCUCUUUGUAACGUAACUACGAAGCAAUACCGAUGUUCUGCUCGUCUAUCAAGUUUAUUCGUGUGGCGACUCGUUAAAGUUGGCAGGAAAAUGGAUAGGUGUUGAUAACUAACAGGUCAAUUAUAUAAAUUUUAUCAAUAAAGUUGGAUUCUACUGGUUUUACCAUUUCGCACUCUCCUUGAACGCGAAACUGUUUGCUAUUUACGUCACCGUUCGAAUCGCACGGACUGAUCGCAGAUCGAUCGAAAUCUGUAUAUAUUCCGAUAAUCGUAUUACUGGUGCUACUACGGACUUUCAUACAUACGCUUUGCGACGACGGUUAUUUCUCCUAGAAACAAGAGAGACGGACUGUGCAACUUGUAUCGAAAUUACAUCUAACAAUAAUAAAUAACGCAGGUACAAAGAA